ACCACUGUGCCUGCCAUUUUCCCCCUCUCACCUGUACCCCACACACAUUUCUAGGUAUACCAUGUUCCCAAACUUCAGAUCACCUCAAGGUUGAGACACUGGGAUCAAUUCAAGCAGUCAUCAACCUUUCCAUCCCAAUUUUGACAUGGUUGUUCUGAGGAAGACCGGAGACUGGGUGUCUCCACCACACUGGGACACUUCAGUUGUCAUGACUGAAAGAGAAAUCCCUGGUUACAUGCAGAUAACCCAGACUACAGUCAAUCUUUUUGCAUACAGCACACAUAUUUGGUUUAUACCUUGCCUAUUUCUUCUUAUCCUUCAGCUUUCCAAGUUUGUUAAAGAAAAUGGUCAGAGAUACUACCCAAACCCACCAAAAACAGUGGCCCCAACUCCUUUUAAAGAGCUCAAAUAUAACUUUUCUCCAAGAAUAACCAAUAUGCUACAAAACACUGAAAGGACUCUGGAGAUCACGACAUACAGUCGGGUCUUCACAGGGAAAGUUCCAAUAUAUGGCCUUAUCUUGGGUAACUAUUAUAUAAAAGCAGUUUGCAGAUUGACUGGAGAACUAGGUGAAGACACAGAACUAAUAAAUACUGCAUUUACUAAGAAUAUCAUGCUUCCACCAAAAGUAAUACUGGCAAGAGUAUUAUCUGAUUCAGCUACCAGAAUUAAGCCUUCUCUUUACUACUGCUUCCUUACUAACUAUACCAGUUUAAAUUUGGCAGAAAACAUUUCUGAUGGUCUGUCACAAGUGACACCUCCUGAAGGGUGCACUGCCUGCUUACUUCAAAGUGAACAUCCCCAUGAAUCAAUUCUGCAAGACCGCCAGCCUCGGUCAUCAGUGCAAAGUGACAGAAAGCACAAACCAAAAAUGGGAUGUGAGCCAAGAGCAGGACACUCUGUCUCAGACAUGCUACCAGAAAGAAGGCCCAAAUUUGAAUCCCUUACAAAAUCUGCAUGUUCACUUUCCUGUGAAGAUUUCAAGCCCAGAUAUUUGGAUGAACAUGCAAUAUGGGAAAACCCAGUUAGCCUAAGUAAGCCAAGCUUACCAUUGGAUGUAAAGCAUGAGGAAAGUGUAAUUUUGUUGCACAGACUUUGGCAUCAAGAAACAUGUCUGCCUGCAUGGAAACCAGAGGAUGGGCCAAGAGAGAUAACACUGCCUGAAUAGAUACCUAGCUGUGAAGUUCCUUAGCACCAGACAGUGCUGAUGGAGCUGCAACAUUCCUUCUCUAAGACAGCAGCACAAAAACAUUUACAUGAUUCUGUAAAAGGAAAGAGAAAAAAUCUCACAGAUAACACUACUGAGAGAAAGAGACACAAGAACUAUGGUUUCAAUGCUUCUUUAUUUCUUUAA